GAAUGGUAGUUACCUCCUCCGGUGGUUUACUCUCAGGUAGGUGAAGGUGAGGGACACUACACGCAUCACAGACCACCACACACGCGCUCCCUCAUUCCCAAUCACAUUCCUCGGUUCGCCGCAUACCAUUCUCAUUCUGCCCAAAAAUGGGCCCGAAGACAGAAUCAACAACACAAAUCCCGUUUAUGGCCAAAGCUGACGGGUGAGAUCUGUCACGUCGUAAGCCACCCAUCUGUCAAUGAAAUACACGCGCUCUCCCCAGCCAGGGCAUCUGCCCUUGAUAGAAUUGCCCCAGACAUCUUUAAAUCAACAAUGCUCCGUUCACAAAGGUUCCAUUCCACUUCUACAGAAAUCACCACAACAAAGGCACCAAGAGCAACAUGGCCUCUCGAAGCACAGUAUACGGCACGCUCCUCGUGGUCCUGGCAUGUGCUCCCCAGCCUGGCCUCACGGGUCCUGUGCCACAGAUAAUCCACCCGGAUUUGGGAUCCCUUUCCUUGUCCGAGCUGUUUCUCCAAACCUUCCGGAGGAUAAUGGAGCUCGGCUUUGUCCAGGGAGUCGUCUCUGCGCUGCUGAUCCUGGGCUGCUUGAUAUGCAUGCUGAUAUGCGUCCUCUGCGCCCUGGCUGCGUACUUUGACCGGAACGACAAGGGCCGCUGGGAUCGGAACGACCUCGAACUGAACGACGACUACGUAUACUCGUCGCCACGCGAGAAACGCCACGCCGACGGCAACAGCACCGGCAGCCCGGUACGUCGAGGCCGAAAGGCCCACCACUGUCUGAGUCGACAACAACCAGUCGUCACAAAGAUCAGUGUCGUCGCGUCGCCGUUUUCGUGUCGACGGAAAGCGUCUUCACCUCCUUCUCCUCCCAGAUAUCAUCCGCAAAAUAACCGCACUUCCUCUCCCCCAGUCACGCCUCUACGGUCCGCACUCUCCAAGUCACCGUCACCUCCGUGCCAAAGGCACUCUGUAUACCUCGGCGUCAAGAGAUCGCCCUCGUCAUCUGCCAGCCCCAAGUCGGUCAGAUGGGCCGAUGAGCUCGGCGUCUCGGUCCUCGCCACGGUUCAGGUCACGAACAGCAGCAGCCACGAAGGAACGGAUUGGGAGAUCGAUAUCGGCAUGACGAGGCCUCAGUCAACGUCUGCAAUCGAGGCUUCCGACAACUGCACACCGGCGGCUGACGCCCCUCCUGCCUACACCUGCGGCAGAUUGGACUCCAUCAAGUCAUAAUCUGGCUAACAACCUACCCGUGGAUCGGGAUUCUUUCUUUAUUUUCUCAUGCACAACUUUAUCAGCGACUUUUGUUUUUUCUUCUUCUUUCUCACGGCCCAAUGUUAUGUGGUUUGAUGACAACUUUGCAUUACGAGGUGAUGGAGAUUUAGGGGGGCCGGAGUUGGUUCUUUCACCUUUUUCUUUUGGCUUAGCAUUUGACUGAAAACUUGGAAGACUGUGGAUCGAUAUAUCUACACAGUCAUCUUCAUCUUCAUCUUCUAAGAGGGCGGUGUUUGUGUGUAGGGGAAGCAUCGGAGCCAAGGGCGUGUCCGGAGCAAGAAAUAGGUUUGAUUUGGUCUCAAGAUUCCUUCAUGAAAUAUGAUCGACUUUAAUGUCAAAGACUAGAAUCAUUCAUUCUUGCUAUCAUUUUUCGUGACAGUUGAUGUGUGAAUGUCUUUGGUUGAGCUAAUCAAUAACUGUCUGCGCCAGGUACCAAGAUCAUCUGUACAAAGCCGAGCAGGGCCAGUCACGACAACAACAGAAAAGAGAUAAACUGGGUAUUCCGUAG